AUGUCAAUUUCUUCGCAGGUCGCCGCUCGCUGCUGCAGGCAGAUCGUCCGCCCAUCCGCCGCUUCUUUGCGCCUCUCUUCCUCGACAUAUCUGUCUCAGCGGACACGGAGAUGGCAGUCCACCGAGGCGGAGGCUGCUUCCCCUGUCAACCCUAAGAUCAGCCAGAUUGUUGACCAGAUCAGCACAUUGACGCUUUUGGAGACCGCCGACCUCGUGGCCACCCUCAAGUCCCGCCUCAACAUCCCCGACCUCCCCGUUGGCGGUUUCGCCAUGGCCGGCGGUGCUGCUCCCGCCGCUGCUCCCGCCGAGGAGGAAGAGGCUGCUCCUGCCGCCCAGGAGAAAACCCUCUUCAACCUGAAACUCGAGUCCAUCGACCCCGCCUCCAAGGCCAAGGUCAUCAAGGAGAUCAAGUCUCUCCUCGGCCUGUCCCUGGUUGACAGCAAGAAGUUCGUCGAAUCCGUGCCCAAGGUCCUGAAGGAGUCCGUGCCCAAGGAGGACGCCGAGAAGAUCAUCGAGACGCUCAAGGCCGUCGGUGCCAAGGCCAUCAUGGAACCGCUCCGAAAAUGCCCACGCCUCCUCCCUCGCCUCCCCUACCACAACGCACAUAACCACCAAACCACCACCACAACAACAACAGCUCCACGCAUCCACCAAUUCCACACCACCCCUCACGCCAACGCCGCUCGCUCACCCUCCGUGCGCCGCGCCGAAGCAGCCCAGAAACGGCCCCAACAGCCACGAGUCGCAAACACCUACACAGAAGACGGGCUCCUCAAGACGCCAGCACAGGGCGACCUGGCCCAGCGCCUGCGGUUCCUCGAUACCGCGUCGAAGACCCUCCACCAGGAAGCUCGCCGAUAUGGCGGCGUCACGGUCGAUCAUGAUACCUUUGUUCGCAUCGCGAAGGGCCUGUUUAAUACGGCGUAUGCGCAUCCGCCGGCGGCGCAGCUUGUUUUACGGAUUUCGGAUGACGUAGAUGAGGUGUUCAGGAUAGGCUACCACAUCGGAACAAGCGACAUGGGAUUCAAGGAAUGGGUGCUGGCGGCGUGCAGUCUGGCCGGGGGGCGCGUGCCGGUGUUAUACCAGACGGCGCGGUACCUCACGAUCACGGAACGACGGGGCACAGAGGUCCGACAGACGGCCGUCAUCGAUCGGCUGGAGGAGAUCGGACGCACGAGCAACGAUCCCCGCGCGCUGCAGCUGCUUGCGCAGGUGCAGGGUCGCCGUGGCAAAUAUACCCAGGCCCUGGAGCUCAUGGAGGCGGUGCUGGCGCGAAUUCACCCGUCCAAGAACGCGCCGCGCGGGGCGGAGCAGUCCUACUUGAUCUCUGAGGUGAUGGAGACGCCGUGGCGCGUGUAUGCGUGGCUGAAGGAGAGGACGGGGGAGCCGAUGGGGGCGGAUGAGGUUGUGCGGAGCGCGGCGCUGGAGUAUGAGGAUCCGCGGGCGUUGCAGGAUCAUGCGAGUUUGUUGAUGCGCGAGAUGGAUCUGGAGGGCUAUGAGGAGGGUAUGAGUAAGGCGGCGAGUUCGGGGGAUGCGAUGGCUUGUCUGAAGCUGGCGAAUUUCUACUAUCUCACGUCGAAGGGGUGGUUUCCUCGGCGUGGGGUGAAGGUGUCGGAGGGGGAUGACGCGAAGGCGAUACCAAGAGCUACGAGGACGGUUGAUCCGGCCAAGCCGGUGGAGGAGAAGAAGCCCGGCGCGCUGGGCAGGUUCUUCUCGUUCCUUUCUGCGGACGUCAAGUCGCACGCUGAGUAUCGGAAGUUGGCGGUGGAUUGGUAUAACCUGGCGGAUGGGAAUUAUGAAACGGCGUGGGAGCUCUUCUGGUCCUCGCGCACUGCCGAUGCGAAGGAGUUCAUGCCGACGUCCCAGGAUGAGCUUCUGAAGGUCUGGCGGGAUGAGAAGUUUCGGCCUGAGGUGCCGCUUCAGUUGCUAGAUCUUUGA